GAUGCGCCAAAACGGUAUCGGGUGUAACGGCUUGUUCGACUUGUGGAAGUUUCAUUAUUUUUCAAGCUACGUGGAGUAUCUGCGUGAACGGAGGUCGAUUGAUCGGAACGUCUCUCGCAAUGGUAUUCACCGAGGGUGAAGAGGUACUCGCUAGGUAUCCGAAUACCUCCGAGUAUUACAAAGGGAAGAUUGUACAUGUCAGAGGUGAAGAGUACAAAGUGAAAUUUGAGACUGGUGUCCAGCAUACGGUCGGAGAAAUGGACAUAAAGCCUGAAAGAAGAGGGAGGACUCCAACCAGAGCGAGUAGCAGGAUAGCCAGGAAGAGUCCGAUUAGAUAUUCUCCCAGCAGGAGGUCUCCGAGCAGACGAUCACCUGCCAGACAGUCCGUGCAAACACCGACUAAGAAAUUGUCUGUUCGUAGUACACGCCUCGCCAAAGUAUCUUUGUCACGUAUAGACGUCGAAAGUGACAAUGUAAACAAUCACAAAGAAGGGAACGAGGUUGACAAAAAUUCGAAGAGAGUCGAAGCGAUGCCUCUGCAGCAGCGUUUAAACGAGAUCAACAUGUUGACGCGUAGAUCAACGCGAAUGUCGAGCAUGUCGAAGAUCGAGAAGGAGCGCACACCGAUUGUAUUGGUCAGAGAAAUCGACAGAGCCGCUUCGCUUCCGAUCGAGAAGAGAAGUUAUUUGAUCGAUUAUUCCUCGGGUGAAAGAGGAAGGGGAUAUUCUAUGCAAAGAGAUAAGUUUCAGGAUCUAACGAGACUCCCGCCAGCGCAGGAAAGUGAGAAACGGGAAGCCUCGAUAGCGGAGAAUCGCGAGAAAGGCAUAAUUAGGAUCGACCAGCCGCAAGAAUGGGGCGGUUGGAUCGGGACGUCUCUCCUGACGUUUUUAUUGCCGUUAUCCAUGAUCCUGCCGCAGCUUCUGUGCUUGAAGGGACGAUGCCGAUCCUACCUUGACGUGCAAUUCACCACCGACUGGAGGUCUUAUAUAAAUUGGCAGGGGUUCUUAGUUUACGUUGUAUAUUUGACGGUACUGGCUUGUGUUUCGAUUCUGCCGAUCGGAAGGAACGUGGAUGGACAACAGAGUAAAACUGGGAAAUUGCAAUAUCGCAUAAAUGGAUUUUUAAGCGCUACACUGGCAAUAGCCUUAUUUGGUUUAUGUAUAAAUAAGGAUAUCCCAAUCUCCGAUUACAUCCUAAACAAUUCCGUUCAAUUGGUAAUAAGUGGCUGGCUUAUCGGAACGAUUUUAGCACUGGGGUUGUACAUUAAGGCGGAGAGAGCUUCGGUGGUUAGUCUGAAUAUAUACGCGUCGACUAACAGUAGAAUGUAUAACUUCUGGCAAGGCAGAGAGAUCAAUCCCCGAGUUGGUGUUUUAGACAUUAAACUGCUGCUGAUACGUGCUUCACUCAUAGGCAUGUUGAUCGUGAACGUGGCUGUUGCUGUUAAAGCUAUCGGUGACGUGAAGAGUCCGAAUGUCCAACAAUUCGACGUAUCUACGUUGUUAGCGAUCUCCUUGCAGCUUUUCUACAUUAUAGACGGAUUGAUAUACGAAGCCACUAUCUUUACGUCUUUUACGGUAAUGUAUGAGGGUACUGGAUACAUGACCUGCGUCAGCCAUUUGCUGUAUCCAUUCUUGCCGACUCUCACGACGAAAUUUAUGUUGUAUCAAAAAACACAAUUUAAUUACUACACGGGCAUAUUCGUUUUGAUCUUCAUAGUAGGAUACAUUUUAUACAGAAGUAGCAAUUCACGGAAGGAUGAGUUUAGGAAAAAUCCUGUUUCGCCGACGAUGCCUUACUUAGAAACUAUCCCGACGUUGCGCGGGAAGAAGCUUAUGUUGUCCGGUCUGUGGGGUCACGUCAGACAUCCGAAUUACUUAGGUGACAUUAUGAUGCAGUGGUCCUUCGCGGGUGUCAGCUUGGCGACCGACGUUCUGCCUUAUUACGCGGCUGUUUGUUGCACAUUAACGUUGGCUUACCGAGCGGUGAGGGACAACCGACGUUGUCAGACACGCUACGGAUACGCGUGGGAAGAGUAUUGCUCGCGCGUCAAGUACAUGAUUUUAAAGUGCGUAUUUUAAAGCGACCCAAAGGCGCGAUAUAUACUUUUAAGCACCAAACUCCAUAUCAUAAGGAGGACACUCGGCGAGAUGCUCAUUGUAUCUUAUAGGAAUCUCAGAUUGUAUACUUGGUAAUAUUUUUACAUUGUGAGAGAUUAGUAGUGAUAGUACUAUAUAUUAUAAAUUUUACGACUGUCUAUAUAUAAAUUUUAUGAUCUAUAUCUAUAUAAGAUUGGACUACGAAUGAGAUUGAAGACCAAGAGUAUUUUGUUGACAACAAGAUAAAUUUCCCUAGUUUAUAUUUAUAAAGUAAUUCUCUACGGAAGACAAUACAGAAGCGUAUAUGAUAUGUUACUGCAUAUUUCGACGAGAUAUAACGGAAUGUUUAUUAUACUAUAUAUGUAUAGCAUUUCUAUUUUAAUAUAGACAUAGGUUUUUAAAACACGUGCCUGUAAUAUCGAGCACUGGAUAUUGUGAAAAUACAAAUUAGCUAAGAAAUUUUAUACUUUUGUACAUUAAAUGUGUGUAAGUAUAUAAUUAUCACCUGGAAUUACAA